AUGGCGGGAACUCAACAGGUAAUUCACUCUUCCAUUUUUUUUACUCCGCGAGCAGGCAGAGUCUAAAUGCUCAGUACCUUUCGCUUCUAGCAUCUUCCUCAUCACCCCAAUUACGCUGCAGCAGAGAGUAUUGCUGUGCUUUUAGUACUCCGAAACACACGAAAUCAAAAUGUACAGCUACAGAUGUUGCCGUGACAGACUACAACUACAUCAACUAACUACACUAACUACAACUACACCUGUUUGUUCGUCAUACUAAAACGAAUUAUACCUUCUCCACACUCUGCUCGUCCACACCAGUUUCAGCAGACUACAACCACUACGACAACGACAAAUGGUGGCAUGCAGGUGCCGAUGAAACCGAUGUGCGGACCGCCAACUACGGUCAUUCAACAAAAACCAGCUCAGGUACUUUUUACUUGUGAAGAUUCCUCUCGCGUUAUGGAAAAUGAUGUCUGUGAAAUGGAAAAUGAUUUCAAAACAACAAGAACUGUUGUAUUUGAUUGUACUCAUCAAAAAAAAGAACAAGUCCACCUCCACCUCUACUAAACUUGAUGUUCUUGUUUGCUGGCAGGUCGUGGUCCGACAGCAGCCCCAACAGGUUGUUGUGAGACAGCAGCCGCAGCAUGUGAUGAUGCAGACACCGAGCACCAUGGUCGUGCACCAAGCUCCACCGCCACCUGUUGUUCAUCGCCGAGUCGUUCACCAUCGUCGGGUGAACGACGGUGCCGCAGCAGCAACUGCUGGCGCAGCAGUCGGCGCUAUUGCCGGUCUCGCGAUAUUGGGAGCAGCGUUGAGAUAGUCCCACUCCCAUCGAUCGUUCUAAGUAGGUUGUAGCUUUUUAUUUAUACUUACAGUGUGUAUUGCUAUUGUAGUUCUAACCAUAUUAUACCGUAUAUCAGGUUUAAAAAAUCUUCGUCAUUUAUUUUACACCAUUAUACUUCUUCGUUAACAGGAGCUAUUGAGAACAUCAUCACAUCCUAGUCGAGAACCCAUAAAGACUCAACAACAGGUGGAGAUGAAGUAACCUAUAAAACUAAGGCAGGCUAAACGCAUACUUUUCGAUAUUGGAGGACUUCUGUGUUUAGGCAACAUCAAGCAACAUUGACAUCAUAGUACGUCAGUUCUCUUAAAGUUUUGGCAUUUUGAUAAAGAGGAGUUGCGAAAAAACACAUAUGAUCUACAUCAUCCAAGAAUACGGCGUAGUUGCGCAGCACAGAGCUUCAUUUGUACCUGGAGGUUUCUCUGAAAGCGUUUAGAUGAAAAGAGAAAACGAUAUAACGUCUAAACGACUACUUCUAAAGAUGAAAAAAAUGAAAUUGAAAUCUUCAGACAGUAAAUGAAUGAAUCUAGCACUCAUAUCUUUGGAACAACUUAGUCCUCUUAGAGAUCAAUAGUUUCUUUAAAAUGAAAGAACAGGAGCAUGAUCACCCACUUUUUUAGUGCAGGAAUAGGGUGUAGUUUCUUCAGGAUUGAAGAAACGAAAGGUGAAUACUUCUAGGAAAAAAAGUCUAAUCAAGAUCAACUUAGACUUACAGUACUCGUACAAGAACCUCUAAAACCACUGUUGAGUCGUAAAUUACCGUGGUCUUAACAGGGAAGAAAGUACGUACGUAGGUAUCUAGAUCAAUAUAGUAAUUUCCUGAACCUAAAGAGCCAAAAUAAUAUACCAACCACAGGAAUAGGUAAAAAAGAAAGUUGAAAAAAAGCACAACAAUCAGCUCGAUGAUGAAGCGAAGGCCGCUUAGAUGAAGUGGAAAUUGUGCUUCUCCUUAGAAGAAGGAGUAGUACGUCGUUGCGGCCUCGCCGUUCAGCGUCGUUUUAAACCAUGAAAAUAGAUGACCUCGUCCCAAAGAUUAAGAUAUAUGAUUAAAAGUUGAAAGUG